GUUAACACGCCCGAGCGACACACUCUGCCAGAUUCGUGGGACAUGGUAUGCAGGCCAGGAGGCAAAGUGUUCAUCGGUACUCCUCAGAAGAGCAUGACUCUCGAUGCAAGGUCAACGGCCUCUUUUGGUUCAACCCCAAAGUGGCACGAAUUUGAGUGGACUGCCCGAAUUCUGCCAAGACGGGCCCUAUUCCAUCGUAUACCCAGAUCAGAUUUCAUUCCCGAAUCUGCCAUGCAACUAGGAACUGUUUCGUCAACAAUAUACAGAGUUUUCCUAUGGCGUCACAGAGACUAA